AUGCUGAGAUGGUCGGAGCUCAAUGCCGCCGUCGAGAAGGCAAUGGACCCAAACGGCGAGGGUGGGGAGAUUCCGGAGGGCAUGAAUAUCAGCGACAUGAUGCAAGAAUGGCUGACGCAGACGGAUCCAAAAGAGAAGGCGACGAGCGAGGCGGUCUUGAACCGCAUGCAUGCGCAGGGAAGCGUACUGGCGCGCAUGGCGUACCUGGCCUUGGAGGUCGAUGCAAGGAAGGUGCAGGAUGUAGUCCCGGGAUGCAAGGAGCUGGAGCUCUCGGAGGAGCCGGUGGAUGCGAUGGGAUGGAAGGAGUUGAGCCAGGCCAUGGACAACGUGCAGAUAAACUGGGGAAAAGUCUCCUCCCUGCCUGGGGUGAAGGAUCUGUGCUGGAAGCUGUUCGCUCGCUUCGGAUACUUCGCGGGGUACGCCUUUGGCGACGGGGAGGAUGGCAUCGACAUCGUACACGACCGCGAGCCCUGCGCGGAUGGUCAUAGACUCUCUGACCUGGCAAAGCAGCAGGCGCUCGACGCCUUCUUCUGCAUGUUCCGCUACCUGUGGCUCGUGGCAAGGCAGCAGCCCGUGCAGGAGCAAGGCCCGGAGUUGGACCUCAGGACGUUCCACUUCGAGGCGGCGACCGACACUUACCAUGAGACGACCAUGCACGACGAUGUUCACAUAGGCGCGCUUUUGCAAUACAUGCACCGUUUCUCAGGGCUCUUCCACUCCGUCAGCCAGGCCGUUUACUACCAUCACCCAACUUACUCCCGAAGGCGCGCCCCGAUGUCGAUGGGUGCGCUCUCCGAGGAGGGGAGGUCCGCGGCCGACUGGAUCCCCGUCCUGCGGCAGCUCUACCCGCAGUUGCAACUCUUCUACGAGUCAUGCGACCUGCGGACUUUGCCCCCGGACGGAUGGUGCUGGCUGCACGCCCCGGGCAGGGUGUGGCUCGUCGGGCCCCAUACGGCGGUUCACUGGGACCCUUCCCCCGUCAAGCUACUCGGGGUGUACCUCCGCGCCAACCCUGGAACGUAA